AUGGGGUUCAUUGACUCCAAGUCUGCUAACGCAGACCCUUUCCCUCUCCCGGUGGAGGAUGAAGUGGCGCUCGCCCUGGAGGUGGACUGGACACCGGAGGAAGAGCGAAAGGCCAAGCGCAAGCUGGACUUGAUCAUCAUGCCGAUCCUCACUCUCGGUUUCUUCUGUCUGCAGCUCGACCGUGGCAAUAUCGCCAAUGCCAUCACCGACAGCUUCAUGGAAGAUGUCCACGUCACCCAGGACGAAUUCAAUGUCGGGCAGCAGAUGUUGUCCCUAGGAAUAGUGCUCACUGAGAUCCCCGCCAACAUGGCCCUCUAUCGCAUCGGGCCCGGCAAGUGGCUCACGCUGCAGCUAUUCCUGUUCGGCAUUGUCAGCACAUUUCAGUCGUACCAACGGAACUACGGCGCCUUUCUGGCCACUCGCUUCAUACUCGGCCUGACAGAGUCCGGCUUCAUUCCCGGUGGCCUCUGGACGCUGUCGACGUGGUACACGCGUCGUGAGACGGCUAAGCGCGUCAUGUUCUUUUACUUUGGCAACCAGUUUGGCCAGGCGUCUGCAAAGCUGAUCGCCUAUGGUAUCCUGCACAUGCGUGGCGUGGGCGGACAGCCGGGCUGGUUCUGGCUUUUCACCCUGAUGGGCGCCUUUACCAUUCUCAGUGGCUUCAUCUUUGGCUUCUUCCUCCCGGAUUCGUUCCGCAAUCCGCACUCAACCUUCCUACCCAGAGUCACCAUCUUCACCCCGCGGGAGCUGCACAUCCUAAAGAACCGAGUCCUCCUCGACGACCCCAUGAAAGGCAAGAAGAAGAGACAUAUCAACUGGGGUGCCUUUAAGCGCGCCUUCACCAACUGGCGCCUGUGGUUGCACUUCUUCAUCACGCUAGCAAACAACGGACCCCAACGCGCCUUUGACACGUACUCGCCCUCCAUCAUCACCAGUUUCGGGUUUGGCGCCCUUACCAGCAACGCCCUGGCCUCGGUCGGGCUGUUUCUGCAGCUUCCCGUGUCCUUUGCAUUCAGCUGGGUGUCUGAUCGAUAUGACCGUCGCGGAGAGACCGUUAUAGCCGGCAUGAGCAUGCACAUGAUUGGCUACAUCUUCAACCGCGGCUUCACCGAGGUGAACUUGCGCGGCGUGCGCUACUUUGGCGUCGUCUGGACACAAACCUUUGGCACCUUCACGCACCCGCUCAACAUCACUUGGAUGUCGUUGACGUGCGAAGACUCGGAAGUGCGCGCGCUUGCCAUGGCCAUGGUCAUCAUGGGCGCCAACAUUGCCGGCAUCUACGGGGCGCAGAUCUUCCGCCAGGACGACAGACCCUUCUACCGCCGCGGCUUCAGUAUCAACAUUGCUAUCCUUGCAUCAGGCCUGUCACUUGCCAUAAUCCGCUAUAUCGCCGAUAUCAUUGAGCGCCGCAAGAAACGCAACCAGCUUCAGCUUCAUCCGGACUCGGUGAGCGACGAGGUCGAGGCCGAGGUCGAGGCCAAGGGUGUGCCCACUUCGGUCCAAGGAUUCGACUUGGGCCCAAAUGGAGAAAAGGUAUCGUCCAGGCUGUGAGCGUUUAAUCACGAGCUUGUCAGUCCCUUUAUCGGGGACGUCAAGGGGCAUGUGCCUGCAAGGUGAAAGACUGGCCACGAUGUAGUUUCUAGCAACUUCUAUUCUGUUGAGUGCCUAGGUAGCUUGUGUCGGGAGAG